CAGCACCAACUGACGUCCCCUGAUCUCAAAAAAAAAAAAAAAAAAAAGAAAAAAAAACUGACGUCCCCUCAGGUAGCUUCAGCGACUUCAGAAACUUCAGAGAACCGGAUCCGAAUGGAGAGCCCUUCCUCUCCCCGUCCGGGGAACAACGGCCGGGGGAGCGGCGGCGGCGGGAGCUCGAAGGUGCGCCCGAGGUCCUUCGAUGAAAAGACCCGAUCGGCGUGCUGGCAGAAGGCGGCUGUGGUGGCGGGGCGGCACCCGGAACGCUGGCGGCAGGACGCCGCCGGCAACGUCGUCUGCCGCCGAUUCUGGAGCUGCCACGGGUGCCUCUGCUACGAGUACGACCACAUCGUCCCCUUCUCUAAAGGAGGAGAGUCCACUGUUGACAACUGCCAGAUCCUUCAGACUAGGGUGAACCGAUCCAAAUCUGAUAAAGCAUGGGUAGAUGAAGCAGAGAUGCGGGGUUUCUCUUGUGACAUCAAGUUUACUGACAAGGAACUUGAUAUAAUUGAGAUGGCUGUUUAUGGGGAUGUUAUUCGUCCAGGUAAACAAUGCCAUUGCAGGACGGUAGCUGAGAUGCUAGGGAAAAUGAAGACAAAGAAUCGCAUGGCUGCUUGCGAGCUACCAGACAAAAACACAUCUUAACUUGCUCUAGGGCUUUUUACAUGAAAUCAAUCCCAGUUUCUCUUGCUCCUCUCAGGGAGGACAACCUAUUAUCUCAGCUGAUUCCAUCCAACAAUUGUGCUCUCAAAUUCUGUCCACCAGCAUGUCAUUUUGCAAAAACAAUGCGGUUGAGUCCAACUGAGCUCUUGCAAGUAACUGCAUGAUUGAACAUUCUGCUGAUCUAUGCUUUUUGUUGGAAUUUGAUUCUUGAUCUGUAGCAUAUAGAUUGGCAAUGCCAUCAAGAUACAGUCGAUUUCAGCAACUCGACCUGCAUAUUACGAAUGGUUGUGCAUGAUCUGUGCUUGGUAAGCCUGACGUGUAGCAGACAGCAGUUGUUGUAUCCUAAGCAAGUUUUUAGUGAUUAAGCAAUCUGACAUGUGGCAAAAAAAAGAAAAAAAAGAAAGUGAAGAUGGGCCGAAGAAGCACUGAUCGAUCUGCUGAAUUAUUGUGUUAUGACUGUAAUUCAGAUGCUUGUGUGCUUAAUUUGGAAUGCUCAUAUGUUUCAUAA